GAUUGCCUCACUACGCCAAUCGCACCAGGUGGCCCCUGCGAGCAUUUAAGCAUUUAAGCAUUUUACCAUUUUCUCACUCAGUUUUGUGUAGCCGACGUGUGCCGACGUAUCCCGGGAAAACCAGCAGCCUACGCGUUUUCUGUCGUUCGCUUGUGAAGCAUCAACUUACCAGCAAUAAUGUCGAAGAUCGGAAUUAACGGAUUCGGCCGCAUCGGUCGCCUGGUCCUGCGUGCCGCCCUCGCCAAGGGCGCUCAGGUGGUGGCCGUGAACGAUCCGUUCAUCGGUGUCGACUACAUGGUGUAUCUGUUCAAGUACGACUCGACCCACGGUCGCUUCAAGGGCGAAGUGAAGUCCGAGAACGGUAUGCUGGUGGUGAACGGUCAGAAGAUCGCUGUCUUCCAGGAGCGCGACCCGAAGACCAUCCCGUGGGGCAAGGCUGGCGCGGAGUACGUCGUUGAGUCGACCGGUGUCUUCACCACGAUCGAGAAGGCAUCCGCCCAUCUGGAGGGUGGCGCCAAGAAGGUCAUUAUCUCGGCCCCGUCGGCCGACGCCCCAAUGUUCGUCGUUGGCGUCAAUCUCGACGCUUACCAACCGUCGAUGAAGGUCGUGUCGAAUGCAUCCUGCACCACCAACUGUCUGGCACCACUGGCCAAGGUUAUCAACGAUAACUUCGGCAUCCUGGAGGGUCUGAUGACCACGGUGCACGCAACCACCGCCACCCAGAAGACCGUCGAUGGACCGUCCGGAAAGCUGUGGCGUGAUGGUCGCGGUGCGGCUCAAAACAUCAUCCCAGCGGCCACCGGUGCGGCCAAGGCCGUCGGCAAAGUCAUCCCGGCCCUGAACGGCAAGCUUACCGGAAUGGCGUUCCGCGUGCCAACGCCCAACGUUUCCGUCGUUGAUCUUACCGUUCGUCUGGCCAAACCGGCCUCGUACGAUGUCAUCAAGGAGAAGGUGAAGGAGGCCGCCAACGGACCGAUGAAGGGCAUCCUGGACUACACCGACGAGGAGGUCGUUUCGACUGAUUUCGUCGGCGACACCCACUCGUCGAUCUUUGACGCCAAGGCUGGCAUCCAGCUGAGCGACACCUUCGUCAAGCUGAUCUCCUGGUACGACAACGAGUACGGCUACUCCAACCGCGUCGUCGAUCUGAUCAAGUACAUGCAGACGAAGGAUUAAAUUCCUACGCCCUCUGCCUCCAAUAUCACCCACGCCCACCCUUUACCUCCUACUACAAGACGUGCAUGUGCAUGGGUGCGAGCGGUGCGGCCAUCAGCAGCCAUGCAUAAAUUAUUACUCUCGGUGCUCGCUAGGAAGAGCCACAUCGUUAAACGUAUUUGUCGCAUGUAACCGAAAACAAUACACACCUACAAACACCACACACAAAACCGUGAACUGUACGGACACUACGCGCCGGGCAGAGCCGCCGAUCCUCAUGCUCUCCCCGGGUGGGAGGAUCAGGAUACAGCAUAUGGUCGUUGCCCAACGCGCUAACGCGUCGUACAGUACACAGUUACGCACACACAAACAUACACGGACUCAUGCAGAAAUCCAAACGUUCUGUUUAGUUGGUAAGGUUUAAUGAUGUAUGAAACAAUAAAUUUAACUGCUAAAAUGUUACUAGAACAAACCAA